AUGGAACCGGGCAGUCCGAGCACCACUGGCGGCGGCGGCGGAGGAGGCGGCGGCGCAGGUGCAGGCGUGAAUGGGAAAUACGGAGCUAUGAGUCCGGGAUCGAGCAUACAGGGCUACACGGGCCUUGCGGGCAACGGGCGACGCCCCAGGUUGCUGCUGAUGGGGCAGAGAAGGAGUGGGAAAUCGUCGAUUAGCUCGGUGGUGUUCCAUAAGAUGUCGCCGACGGAAACGCUCUUUCUCGAGUCCACGACUCGCAUCCAGAAGGAUCCUAUCCACUCCUUCAUGGACUUCCAAGUCUGGGACUUCCCCGGCCAGCUCAACUUCCUCGACCCGACCUUCGACUUCGACCACAUCUUCGGCGAGCUCGGCGCGCUCAUCUGGGUGAUCGACGCGCAGGACGAGUACCUGGACCCGCUCUCGCGGCUGCACGCCACUAUCAUCGCCAUCCAGCGCUCCUACCCGGCCAUCAACAUCGAGGUGUUCAUCCACAAAGUCGACGGGCUGUCGGACGAGUACAAGCUCGACACGCAGCGCGACAUCAUGCAGCGCACGCAGGACGAGCUCUCGGACAACGGGCUGGACAACGUGCAGGUGUCGUACCACCUGACGAGCAUCUACGACCACUCCAUCUUCGAGGCCUUCAGCAAGGUCAUCCAGAAGCUCAUCCCGCAGCUCGAGACGCUCGAGAACCUGCUCAACGUGCUGUGCAGCAACAGCGGCAUCGAGAAGGCGUUCCUGUUUGAUGUGAUGAGUAAGAUCUAUAUUGCGACCGACUCGAGCCCCGUGGAUGUGCAGAGUUAUGAGAUUUGUAGUGACUAUAUCGAUGUGAUUGUCGAUGUGAGUGAGAUUUAUGGCUAUGACCGCAAACAACCCGCCGAAAUCACCGAUGCCGCCCACCCCGUUGUCCCUGGCGCCGAGGACGAGGAGGAGCAGACGGCGGAAGCGUCGAGCAUCAUCCGCCUGCAGAACGGCAUGGUGCUGUAUCUGAGGGAAAUCAACAAAUAUCUGGCACUCAUCUGUCUGAUGCGCAAAGAGGGCAUUGAGAAGAAGGGGCUCGUGGACUUUAACGUGCAGGUGUUUCAGAAUGCGCUGCAGCGGGUAUUCGAGGUUGGACGUUAA